UUCACUAAGCCAAAACCUUAGCCUUCAAAAAAAAUUAUCCCAAUCUCUUCUUCUCUCCUUAAUUAAUUUUACCCAAAGAAAAGAAAGAUGUCGUCGUCACAGACCAUCGAGAGCCACCGUUCAGCUGCUGAGAUCUGCCAUGGGGAUGCUGAGUGCAAGAAGAAGAUUGUCCAGCUUUUGACAGAGCUCUGCCUUCCAAAGGGCUUGUUCCCUAUGGAGGAUAUCGAAGAAUUUGGCUACAACCGUGCAUCUGGAUUCGUAUGGAUAACUCAGAAGAAGAGUAAGAAUCAUACUUUCAAAAAGGUAAAGCGUCAGGUUUCAUAUGCGACUGAGGUGACCGCAUUAGUUGAGCCUCGCAAGAUGAAGAAGAUGACCGGAGUGAAAACCAAGGAGCUUCUGCUGUGGCUCUCCGUUGUUGAGAUGUAUUUUGAGACUCCUUCCUCUGAGAAGCUCACCUUCAAAACUGGGACUGGACUGUCUGAUAGCUUUGAUGCAUCAGCUUUUGAACUUGAGUGAAGGAGAGAAUGAGCAAGGAAUUUCUACCCUCUAGCUUGAAUAUCUAUGUGCUGUUGUUUUUUUACUUUUGAACUCAGUGCUGUUCUUCGUGUUAAAUUAAUGAUAAAUAAGAAUUGUUAUGUGUAAAAUAAAUUAUCCCUCCUUGUUGCUUUUAUCCUCUGUUUUAAUUAUUAAGAUCUUAAUGGAGGAGUUGGGUCGGUGAUUCA